CCUCCUGGCUUUGGAGAUGCUCGAGGUCUCUGUGAGCUGUGAGCAGCUGGCACAGAGGAAUUGUCCUGGCAGAGCCUGAAGGAAUCCAGGAUCACAGCACUCCCCAGGGUGCUCCUGUCUCCUCUGCCUAUGGAUGCUGCUGGCACCAAGGACACAGCUCCUCUCCCGACACCCACCUUUCUGGAAAUAAAAACCCCCAAGCAACCCAAGACGUUUUCAUCCAGGAGUGCAAGCCAUGACUGAAGGUCCAAGGCCUGGACGCCCACUCCGAUUCUCACUCCGUGUGCCCGCAAAAAAGAUGUCCAACAACACAACAGAGGCCUCCAGCAACGCUCCCCCAGCGCUCCUAGGCCUGCUCCUGGGAGGCAUUUCCCUGGUCACCGUUGUCAUGAACAUUCUAGUGCUGUGUGCCGUGAAAAUGGAGAAGAAGCUGCAGACUGUGGGUAAUUUGUACAUCGUGAGCCUCUCCAUCGCCGACCUGAUCGUGGGGGUGGCCGUGAUGCCCCUGAACAUCGUGGACCUGCUGAGCCCCCAGUGGCCCCUGGGGCUGGCAGCCUGCUUGUUCUGGCUCUCCAUGGAUUACGUGGCCAGCACGGCCUCGAUUUUCAACCUCUUCAUCCUGUGCGUGGACCGGUACCGCUCGGUGCAGCAGCCGCUCAGGUACCUCAAGUACCGCACCAAGAUGAGAGCCUCGCUCCUCAUCCUGGGGGUCUGGCUGCUCUCCUUCACCUGGGUCAUCCCCAUCCUGGGCUGGCACGUUUUUGCCAACAACGGGCAAAGGACGGUGGAGGAAAACAAGUGCGAGACGGAGUUCUUCAAAGUCACCUGGUUUAAAGUGCUGGCGGCCAUUUUCAACUUCUACCUGCCCUCCCUGCUGAUGUUGUGGUUCUACUGCAAAAUCUUCAGGGCUGUUCGAAAGCACUGCCAGCACCGGGAGCUCAGCAAUGGGUCUUACUGGGCUUCCAUGGAAAAAAACACCAUGCAUCAGACCAAGACAAAGGAUGAGAAAAAUAUUUGCCUCCAGGAGCAAAUCUUAGGUGAGAACACCCCUGGUGCAGACAAGCAAAGCUCCCCAGAGCCCCAAAAAGUGGAGGCAGAGCUUCAUUUCAGCCACCCAGCCAAGGCUUCGAAGGCCCUGUGUGAUGGGAAGGUCCUGAAGUGGAGCUGUUUCUCUCUCACCACAGCCAAGCCUGAGCCCGGCUUGGAUAGAGCAGGCAAGAGGGGGGCGUGUGCCACAAAAAAACCUGGGGAUAAGGAGCAGCCUGGCUGCCAGGACAGCGACUCCAGCGGGGCAUCAGACAACCACACCUUCACCGAGGCGGCCCCCCAGGCAGAGCCCAGCCCUACAGGAGCCUGCUGUCCUCAGGGAAGGAGCGAGCGCAGGGACUCCAGGGGAAUGACGUUCCUGAGGAAGACCUGGCACGCCCUGCACAGCCAUUCCAGGAGCAUCCACCGGCACGGGAACAGGGAGAGGAAGGCAGCCAAGCAGCUGGGGGUGAUCAUGGCAGCCUUCAUGAUCUGCUGGAUCCCCUACUUCGUGUUGUUCAUGGUGAUAACAUUCCACGACCACAACCAGCUCUUAGAACUGCACAGGGGCACCAUAUGGCUGGGCUACAUCAACUCCACCUUAAACCCAUUCCUCUAUCCUCUCUGUAACCAGAAUUUCAAGAAGACUUUUAAAAAGAUCCUUCACAUUCAUUGAUGCUGGGCUGGGGUUUUGGAGCUCAAGUGCAGCCCAGGAGUUCAACCAGACAAAAUGUUCCGGUUUCAAAGGAUGGGUACAGUAAAAGACUGUGGCAAACUGUAAUCUGUAAAGAAGUGGCAGUAAAAGUGGGAAAUGUGCAUUUAAUAGUUUUAACACAUUUGAAGAGCAACUUCAGGUCACGAAUCUGAAAAACUCAAGGUCAGUACAUGAACUGCUACACUGUUGUCAACCUUUUACCAUUUGAGACCACCACUCCCAUCACAGAAAUGGAGGCACAAUAAACCUCUCCAGUGAUUGUAACUUAUUCAGCUACAGAAAAGGAAGAAAUCACAUUUCUGUUAUUGGCCAAAAACAUUUUUCUCUUUCAACUUACUCCAUUACAUACAUUGCUUGUGAAGUGAGAUUUGCAAGUGGAGGUACUUUGCACAAUCGAAGAAAGAAACUUGCAACUGUUUAAAAAGACUCCCCUAUUUAUUUAUAGCUUCCUCCAAAGCACAAACUUUUCAUUAAGUGUCAAGUUUUAGUGUGUAUCCUACUGUAUCUCUUUGAUAUCAUGCUUAUAUUAACUGUACAUUAACUUUGCUGAAAAAAAGUAGAUUUUUUUAUGUCCCAAAAGAGUUUCUGUGCUCAAUAUACUGUCACCAUCUGCUCCAGAAGGGUGUGCUGCUGUUUCUAGACUUGAGGAAUAUAGCUGAUUAUACACAAAAUAUGUUUACCUUUUCUACCUUUUAUAUUUAAUUGUAUUUCACAAAUCUUGCUGUCGAAUAUUUCAGGAGAAAAACACAAUAAUAGAAUUCUCAAUGUUUGAUGAAAAGAGUUUAAGAAGAUGUUGGAGUACAACUGAAAGCUGGGCUGGCUUUGAUGUUACAAAGAAAAAAGAAAUUCCUCUCAUUCCUUUUGUUGUGCUGAAGAAUUUCCCACAUUCUGAACAGUUGCUUAAUUGUAUUUAAAGGAUUCAAUAUUAAAAGAAGCCCUAAUAUAUCUGCAUUUUAAUACAUUGGGGAAAUGUGCUAAAGGAAUAAACUUAAAUUCAGGCUAUAUCAGUGUAUCAUGCAAGGUUCAGAGAUUAACUGACUUUGGUUUCAAGUUGCACUCAGGAAAAACUGCAAUUAGGAAUCUUAAAUUUAGUAGAAAUAAGGCAAAACGCAGAGAGAGAACAUAAAACCAACAAAAUUCAUUGCAGAAUUCAGACAACUUUUUCACUGCAGGAGGAACACCUGCACAAGUAGUAAAAUGCACCUCUUUGGAGUAGAGAACAGAACUUUUUGAAACACAUGCUCUAAUCCCUGACCUUUCACAAACAAUUGCUGAGGUUCACAGCCAUUUAAUUGUUUUUUUUCUAUUCUGAUUUCCAACAGCAAUUCUGGCCAAAAUGGAUGGUAAUUUAGAUGAUCCCUGAGGAAAUAAAAGUCAGCCACAGUGAUUAGUGCUGAAAAACACAUUUACCCAAGGGCUGCUGAGAGGUAUCAUGAAAUCUGUCCUGUUGAUCAUAAAAAUUGCCUUUUCUGACCUUAAAAUGUACUAAUACAUGAAAAAUCCUCAGCAAGAUCAUUGAAAAUUAGUCUAAAAAUGGUGACUGUAACAACCAGAACCUUUGGUAAAAAUAAACAUUCAAACAGCUAAACCCUGCAAAAUAAAGCUGCCUGAUUUUUUUUUUUUAUCUCAAGCCUAUUUACCCAUGAUCUUUGUGUAACUGUGUUAACAGUAAAGACAGGGGAUUUGUGAUAACCACAUUUUAUAGCUAUUAGAUAACAAUAAAACAGAGAAAUGGGAUAGUGUCUAUUUUAAAUAGCAAGUACCUAAGAACAUUUCUGAGUUUGUUUCACUGAACAGGCAAUUCCAGUGGCUCUGGAUGUGAAGGAAGCAGAUGAAAGCAAAUUUCAGUAAAUGGAGAAAUGGAAGAAGCCUCCCACCAACAGAAGGCCAAGGCUCGAGAGAAUAUUUCAGGUGUGGUUUCCUGUAAAAUGUUCUCAGCGUGUCCCAGUUGACAGCCAAGGUCAGAGGACACGGAGCUUCAGAGAAAAUGAGAGUCUGGGGAUUUCUUGGAGAUGUGAAAAACACGUUCACUCUCUUGUAAAAAUUUUAAAAGUUUAAUAAAGGACCAUAGGACCAUAGAGCAAAGGUUGUUAUGGCCGGGUGCAUCUCGGCUCUCAGCCAAGAGCACACCUGCUAUUUUGGAAACACCCUUUAUAUUCCAUUUCUAUUGCAUCAGCCUG